ACAUUUUGUUAACAGAACUAAACAAGACAUUGAACAGAAAAACAUGAAGAAAAUAUUACUCAUUUCGCUAAUACUAGGAACAGCACUUGCUCAAUUACGGAAUGAGAGAAACAGAAUAGCCAGACUACGGAGACGACAGCAACUUGCAAAUCUCUCCGAGCAAGAACUGAUUAAUGGUGGUUUUCUUCAGUCCGGAUCUUCUCGUCUACCGGACAGCUUUCGUGGAUUAGAGCCUUCAUUUGAUACUUUUUCAAGGAGACAACGAUUUCGGGCAAAUGCUGAAAAUCUUGAUUCAUCUUCGCCUAGGCGUCGCGAUUAUCUUCAAACUUUAAGGUCCAGUUUUCGGAGAAAUGGUUCACGAGGGAGAAGAACAUAUAUGCCAGCCAUAAAGAGACCCAGAUUUACACCUAAUUUACAGGAAAUAAUGCCAAGACGAACUCCUAGUUAUUCACCAACAGCACGGGGAGUUGACUCUAAAUGGGCGCCAAGAAUACCAUCAACAGUACUCGGCGCCGGUAAUUUUCUUCCGUCAAAUUUGAAUGAUUUUAUUGAGAGAACGAAUCCGGUAAAUGACAGAAGUUAUGUUUCACCAAGGAAACCUUCCCUCAUUGCCGAACCUAUCCCAUUGCCAUCGUCAAUGAACCGUAAUCAUAUUUCAACGAAAGAUCCAAUAUCGUCUUUAUCAACCAAACCAGAUUAUGUAGCGCCAAAGGAUCCAAUUGGUCUCCUUCCUCUACCACAAGAAUCCGGUUAUGUAGCCCCGAAGGAAUCAGUUGGUCAUCUUCCUCUACCACAAGAACCAGAUUAUAUCGCACCAAUAGAUCCAGUUAAUCAUCUUCCUCUACCACACGAACCAGAUUAUGUAGAACCGAAGGAACCAGUCGGUCAUCUUCCUCUACCACACAAACCAGAUUACAUAGCACCCAAGGAAUCAGUUGGUCAUCUUCCUCUACCCAACGAACCAGAUUACAUAGCACCCAAGGAAUCAGUUGGUCAUCUUCCUCUACCAAACGAACCAGAUUACAUAGCACCCAAGGAACCAGUCGGUCAUCUUCCUCUACCACACAAACCAGAUUACAUAGCACCCAAGGAACCAGUCGGUCAUCUUCCUCUACCAAACGAACCAGAUUACAUAGCACCCAAGGAAUCAGUUGGUCAUCUUCCUCUACCAAACGAACCAGAUUAUGUAGCGCCGAAGACACUACUUGAGCCUCUUCCUCUACCACAAGAACCAUACUAUAUCGCACCAAUCGAUCCAGUUGAUCAUCUUCCUCCACCAGAUUAUGUAGCGCCAACGGAUCCAAUUGAGACUCUUCCUCUACCACAGGAACCAGGAUAUGUAACGCCAAACGAUCCUAUUCUUGCCCUUCCCACCAAACCGGAUUAUGUUCCACCAGCGGAUUUAGAUGCAUCUUUACUACCAAAUACGCCAGAUUUUGUCGCCCCGUUACCUUCUCUACCUAAGAUUCCUUUUGGUCCCCUUGAUCCCCUUAACAUUCCAUCUUUGCCACUGCCAGUUGACAAUCCUGAUUACGUACCAAACAUUCACGGCCAGUCUCUCGACCCCAUUACUGACACCCGUCCUGUAUUCCUCACUGAUCCGUUGGGUCCGCUUGAUCCUCUUGAUCUACCCACUUUACCUGUAAAAGAUGCUAAUUACGUUACCUCUAAAAACCCAGGAUCAUCGGAUGCCUUUGGUCCACUAGAUGCCGCAUUGUUGCCGAUCCCUUCGCUUCCAAGCCAACAUAUUGGUGCCAAAGAUCCGAAUUAUGUUGAACCAUCAAUAACUGUGGAUCCAUUAGAAUCGCUGCCUGAACCUCUCGGACCAAUUGGUCCGGGUAUUCCUAUAAACCGACCAGAUUAUGUUGAUCCAUUAUCGAUAGACCCACUGAAUCCUUUCGGUCCAUUAGGCCCCCUUACUCCGAUUGACGUUCUAGAUACCACUGCAGUCUCACCGUCUGAUAAACCUGGUUAUCUUCCACCGAACGAUGCCUUUAACGUGAUUCCUACUGGUAAUCUUCUUGGAGGACCAUUCGAUCCUAACUUCCCCGACCCACUUUCCAUCCAAGCUGAUGCAUUCCUCGAACCUCUGGUGUCUAUAGGAGGGGUGAUCGGUGAUCCAUCCUUUCUUUUAACUUCAUCAAAAGGUGUUGAUCCUCGCAACUCCGUUUCUACUGAUGGCCAUGCACAUGCUAUUGACAAGCAAGCUGGCGUAUUAGACGUCCUUGCCACGCCAACAGAACCGGGAUAUGUGGAACCGGCCGUUCAGGACGUAGCUGGUAAAAAGGGCGCCUCAAAGACAAAUUUGCAAAAGGGAAUGGUACCAGAAGGACUACCAUCUGACUUCUUUGGCCCCCUGGAUUUGCCACAAGAUCCACUUGGUGAUCAUAAUCCCUUCUCAUUACUUCCACAAGACAGUUUAUCGCCGAUUGAGGGGGGUUCUCUCCACCUUCCAGAUAUCCCCCCAUUUUCAGGACCAAAUGACCCGUUGAAUAUGGGAUUAGGAGGAAAUGGCGGAUUGAACGAUCUCCUAAUGCAUCCUGAAGGUUAUGCACCAGAACCUGCUCUCGCGGAAUCUUUUCUAUUUGACUCUCCACUACCACCGAUUCCAGACCUGCCUCCUUCCGCACAGGAAGCUGAUAUUCCGGGACAGCUACUUACAAGGUCCGAGAUUAAUGAAGCGGCUAGAAGGGAAUAUGCUAAAUCAGACAACGCCUUUGAUCCUAAGUGGAAUAAUCCAAACGUCAGGAAUUCCGCCUUGUAUGUUAAAGCGAAGGAAGUAAAUCCUCAAGAUGUCCGUCCCGCCAAGAUAAAAACGCUCUUUGACUUCACGCCUGGAGCUGCUGGCGCUGACGUCAUCAAUAGCUCCGUGGAUAGAGUUAGUGAAAAAACCAGAGACCUCAUGGCAAAGGCACUGAAACAGAAAGAAGGAUACCUUACAAAGUACGAUGCUCUUCGAUCAUAUGAAGGUUAAACGGACGAUUAUGUGACUGAAAUGCAGAUCGGGAGAGAGUGAGAGCGACAGAAUACUGGUUCCAGGAGGCGGGAACGAUGCAAUAUUUCUACAAAUCCAUUAAAAGUUCAUUUAUGUAAAUUUUGUACAUUUCCACUGUGAUAAUUUUUAUAAUUAUUUCUACGUAUUUAAAUUAAAUUUAAAAUCUAUAACA